UGUGUGAGAGCGAGCCUCCUCAGCGCAGCUUCGAGUCUGUCCUCGCUGCUCCUCGCGCUGCUCCUCGCGCUCAGCUCUCGACAUCAGGGGGACCGUUGGCGGGCAGAGCCUGGACAGAGCAUGCGUGGCGGCCGCGUGUGUGCGCGUGGAGCGGGUCCGAGCGGCGAAUCAAAGAGGAGAGCGACGCUCUGAGAGUUUUUCCCACUUUUACGCGUUUCUGUACACGCGCGGCACACGUGGACGUCCGUGACCCCGCCGCGUGGCACUGGUGCGUACGGCCCGUUCUUCGGGCUCCCCGGCUACCCCCUUCCCCCGCAUGUCCUCCCGCGGCUCGGCCUGACCCCUCUCUGAGCGCGCGCACGGCUCUGGGAGCAGCAUGGCGGCGGGAGUGGCCGCGUGGCUGCCGUUCGCACGCGCGGCGGCCAUUGGCUGGAUGCCGGUGGCCAGCACGCCCAUGCCACUGCCGCCCCAGGAGAAGCGGCGCACGAAGGACGGGCUGCUGGUGCUAAACGUGAGCGGCACGAGGUUCCAGACAUGGCGGGACACGCUGGAGCGCUACCCGGACACGCUGCUGGGCAGCACAGAGCGAGACUUCUUCUUCCACGAGGAGACCAACGAGUUCUUCUUUGACCGUGACCCGGACAUCUUCCGUCACAUCCUCAACUUUUACCGAACUGGGAAGCUGCAUUACCCCCGUCAGGAGUGCAUUGCGGCGUACGACGAGGAGCUGGCGUUCUUCGGCAUUGUUCCAGAGAUCAUCGGGGACUGCUGCUAUGAGGACUACAAGGACCGGCGGCGUGAGAACCAGGAGCGCAUCCAGGACGAUGAGGACAUUGAACAGUCCAAUGAGCCAGUGCCCGUUGACAUGAGCUUCCGGGAGAGCAUGUGGCGCGCCUUUGAGAAUCCGCACACAUCCACCAUGGCUCUGGUUUUCUACUAUGUCACCGGGUUCUUCAUCGCAGUGUCGGUGCUCGCCAAUGUGGUGGAGACGGUCCCGUGCGGUACCGCGCCCAGCCGUGUCAAGGUGAUGUCAUGUGGUGAGCGGUACGAGCUGGCCUUCUUCUGCCUGGACACUGCGUGCGUCAUGAUCUUCACCGUGGAGUACCUGCUCCGCCUGCUGGUCGCUCCCAGUCGCUACAAGUUUGUGAAGAGCGUGAUGAGCAUCAUCGACGUGGUGGCUAUCAUGCCGUACUACAUCGGCCUGGUCAUGACCGACAACGAGGACGUGAGUGGUGCCUUCGUCACACUACGUGUCUUCCGGGUGUUUCGGAUUUUCAAGUUCUCGCGGCACUCUGCGGGACUUCGCAUCCUGGGCUACACGCUGAAGAGCUGUGCCUCGGAACUCGGCUUCCUGCUCUUCUCGCUCACCAUGGCCAUCAUCAUCUUCGCCACUGUCAUGUUCUACGCCGAGAAGGGCAUGUCCGGGAGCAAGUUCACCAGCAUCCCCGCAGCCUUCUGGUACACCAUCGUCACCAUGACGACCCUGGGAUAUGGUGACAUGGUGCCAAAGACCAUUAUGGGGAAGAUCUUUGGUUCCAUCUGCUCUUUGAGUGGCGUGUUGGUCAUCGCCCUGCCGGUCCCUGUCAUCGUGUCCAACUUCAGCCGAAUCUACCACCAGAGCCAGCGAGCCGAGAAGAGAAGAGCGCAAAAGGCAUCCAAAGAAGCAGGACAGGCGCUGGUGUGUAAGGCCAACCCUAACUUCGAGGUGCAUCAUCAUCAUCUCUUGAACUGCCUGGAAAAGACCACGAAUCACGAGUUUGUAGAUGAGAAGACGUAUGAGGCGACCUGCAAGGAUGUUACACUGCUGAAGCAGGUUUCUUGCUCUUCCUCCAUCUCAUCCUCUUCAACUCAUGGCCUAAGCUCCUGCUGUGGCCGCAGGAAGAGGAAGACCUUCAACGUCCCAAACUCCAACAUGUCUGUGGGUCUGCAGGGCAGUCUCCAGGAGCUGAGCACCAUCCAGAUCAGGGAGCGACCAUUAACCAACAGUCGUUCCAGUCGAUCCAGUCUCAAUGCCAAAUUUGAGGAGACGGUUCCUUUAAACUGUGACCAACCCUACAUCACCUCCGCUAUCAUCAGCAUGCCCACGCCACCUGGCACCACCCCUGAAGGUGAUGAAUCUACCAGCUCCACUGACUACUCCCAGGCCAACAUUGUGCGGGUGUCUGCACUUUAGGCCCCAAAAAGACCCUCCCACACUACCACCCACUGCGCUGGAAGACGGCAGGCGUUGGCGGUCUACAGCUUGAACCACACCAGACUCAGAGUAGGCUUUGGUAGCUGCAUCAUGUGUCCACAAUGGAAGUGAUGGGUUAGCUUAAAUGCUUCAGACCUGCCGUGGAGAAGCAGGUCUACAGGUCACACUAAAACUGACUCUGAUUUGGACUGUAGUUGUUUAUUGUUCUCUCUUUUUCUUCUGGGAGGAUUUUUCCGCUGGCAAAAUAGCAGCCGCCUGACUGAAGGUGGAUCUCUGCUUCUUGCUGAGAGGACAUCACCACCACCAACGUAUCUUUGUCCUGAAUGGUGGCUUAGCGAGCCAGCACUAAGACACCAUUGGAUCAUUCUGAAAUAUGUUUAGCACAGAGACUGGCAGCUGGGGUCAACGCUUCACAUUCAUUAUAUGUUGAAUCCUCUUAGUCAGUUACUAGUCCAUUUAGCUGAAUUUGACUGUCUGGAGGUGGACUUUAGAGCCAGAAGCUUAAUGUGAGCUAACCAGACUUGUGUUUUAAUCAAGCUUUAACCUUUUAAAUUACCUGCAUUACUUUCAUAUUAGGUCUACCGUACUCCUUUGAAAGAUAAUGUAGAAAAUACAUAAAGCAUCAGACACAGCGUUUAGUUUAGGCUCAGAGGUCCUCAGCUGAUUUGAACUUUAUCUCCAAUCACUGGAAUUCACUUAGCUGGGCUUGCAGUCUUUGUGCUAAGUUAGACUAAACCUGUCCCAGUAGAAACCAGGAUGAGACGGAUGGUGACGGAGGGUUUAUCAUCACACUGUCACACUUCUGAACCUGACAGACCCUCUGUGUUUGUAGAAAAUGUUCUGAGGACAUGUUGAAGGUUGGGACUCGCCAUUUGUUUUGCAGUCUUCUGAGUCUCUUUUAUAAGUACAUAUUUGUCCUUGGUGGAGGCUGUUUGUUGCUAAAGACUUCAGCGUUUGUCCUAUCAUGGGUGGGACAGCAGAUAUUUACAGCCUGCACCCAGUGAUGAAAUAUAUCAUGUAAUGCAUUAUUAUUAUUUUCACGUUAUUUUCUUUCAGUCAUCAUAUUUUUUGUUAUUAUUAUUUAUUAGUGUUGGUGAAUGGGAAAGUUUAUCUUGAGGUGUACGUGCUACAACAGGGAAAUUAUCUUUUUUUUUUUUUAAUUUUAU